AUGAAGACUUCCAUCUCCCUUCUCACUCUCCUCUCAGCCUCCUUCGUGGCAGCAGCUCCAGCGCCUUUCGUGGGCCAGGGACCUGUAGUCGCCGCUGGCACCGAGAAUGUAGUCAUGCCCUCUACAAACUUCGGUCGCCGCGAGGAAGACGUUGUGCAGAAGUUUGGCGAGAAAGCCCUCAAGCUCCGCGGUGCGCUCUUGGCAGCACGCGGUGGCAUGGGCAAAGAUAAUGCUAAUGCCGACGCCGAAGGUGCCAAUGCUGAGGAUACUGCGGCGGCUGGCAACAAUGGCGCUCAGGACCAGGCUGCACAGGAUGCUGCCGAUGCUGAGGAGGCCGCUCAGGGCAAUGGCAAGGGCAAGGGCAAGAAUGCCGAUAAGCAAGCCGCUCAAGCAGCCAAAGAGCAACAAGCUGCUGCCGAUGCUCAGGCACAGCAGGAUGCUGCCGCCGCCGAGAUGAUGAACCAGGGCCAGGCGCAGAACGCAACCGAGCAGAUGGGAGCAGCAGACCAAGCUGCCGCCGAUCAACAGGCUCAACAGGAUGCUGCUGCGGGCAUGAACCAAGACCAAGCAGAGAAUGCGAACGACCAGCAGGCAGCGGACCAAGCGGCUGCUGACCAGCAGGCAGAGCAGGGCGCCGCCAACGGUAUGGACCAAGCCGCGGCCGACCAACAGGCUGCUCAGGAUGCCAAGCAGAACCAGGGUGCUAUGGAUCAAGCCGCAGCUGGCCAGCAAGAGGCUGCCAUGGGAGCUGAUCAGGCUGCCGCGGAGCAAGGCAACGGAAAGCAGCAACAGCAACAGGAUGCCAUGGACCAAGCCGCAGCCGACCAGCAAGCCGCUCAACAGCAGGAGGGUGCUAUGGGAGCCGACCAGCAGGCCGCCCAACAGGAGGGCGCCAUGGACCAAGCCGCAGCCGAUGAGCAAGCCGCACAGCAGCAAGAUGGCGCCAUGGGAGCCGCCGAGCAGGAUAAGGCACAGCAGCAACAGCAGGAGCUCGAGCAGGCCGCCGCCGAGCAGAUGGCCGCUCAGCAGCAAGCCGACCAGCAGCAGAAGGAGAAGGACCAGGCCCAGAUGGCAGCAGACCAGGCUCAGAUGCAACAAGAUGCCGCCAACGGCGCCAACGGAAUGGACCAAGCUGCCGCUGAUCAAGCUGCCGCUGACCAAGCCGCUCAAGCUGGAAACGCUACUGGAGUCGUUGACGCUGGAGCCGCCGCCGGAGCCGCCGCCAAUGGUACCGAGGCGAACAACGACAACGGCAAGGGCAAGGGCAAUGGCAAGAACAACGGCAAGGGCAAAGGAAAGGGAGAGGGCAAGGCCAACGGCAAGAACAACGGCAACAAUGGCGUUGGACAGCUCCUCCAGGAAGCCGAAGCCGCUCUCCAGGCUGGUGGACAGCAGGGUCAACAGCAGGGUGGAGCCGGCGGUAUCGAGGGCCUCCUCAGCAGCCUCCUUGGUGGCGGUGCUGGAGGUGCCGGCGCUGGAGCCGCUGCCGGAGCUGGUGCUGGAGCCGGCCAACAGAAGGCUGGUGGCAUCGCAGGCCUCGACUUGAGCAGCCUCGGCAUCGGACGCCGCUCGAAGAGGACCACCUUCCGCGCUUAG